AUGGCGACCAACGUCGUGGUCAUAGCUACCGACUUACGGCGAGCUACUAUAAAAGUUCAGCCGGGAACCUACUUGACUGACGUCUUGGAGGAAGCGUGCCGCAGACUCAAUCUUUCAAGUGACAAAUAUAUCGUCAAGCAUCGACAAAGAACAGUCGAUUUAUCUGUCCCCUUCCGUACAUCUGGUCUCACCCCCGGCGCAAAGCUCGAGCUUGUACAAAAGUCGAAAUCACCCUCUGCUAUCCAAGUCGCCCUCCAGGUCCCACUCCCAGAAGGUCACGAAAUACCUGGUGGACGGUUGAUUCAAAAGUUCCCAAGCGAUCUCACUAUAUGGAAGGUUCUUCGCCAGUUUGAGAGCGGCCAAGCCAGCAAUGGAAAGAACAUCAAUAUCACAGCCCGUGGGGUUGCGCAUAUGAGCAAUGAUUCUGGAAGCGGGAGCGGACAACUAUACUAUGAAACUCCUGUUCUAAACAUCAUGGGAAGAGAACUGUCGUCCUUCACCGACUUUCAGAAGACAUUGUCACAGCUCGGCUACAACUCUGGAAGUGUGCUGAUCAGGUUGUCCUACCGACAGACAGACAAGACCCUAUACGAUGCAAUGACAGAUAUUAGCCAGUUCUUCAAAGAGACAGAAGAUGAAAACCAGAACGGGGGAGAACCAGUACCCAAGGUCGAGCCUGUACCAACGGAGGAGACAGAGAAACCCGAGGAACAAGCACCCCAAGAGACGGCAGGCUUGCAAGCCACUGAUGCUCAGUCAGAACAAGCCCGGGAACAAGGACCAGAUCAACCGGAGGAGGAACCCCAGACUGUGGCCGAAGACAAGAUGGAUAUCGAUCCUUCAGAAUCCAGUGAUCCACUAGCACCUGUUAAUGUGUUCCUUGCUCCUUCGGGGUCAACGCCCGCAGCGGCCUUGACUCCUGCCAAUGAGGCUGAUUUUGCUCCUUCAAUCGCCCAUGCACAGCUUCACCAAGCUCGGUUACUGGAGGAUUCAAGGAAUAAACGACUACUAUCGGAUCGGGAACUGGAAGAUAAGGCUGCGGCAGAAAAUGCCAGAAUCAAUGCCAUCAAGUCUGUCCUUAUCAAAGUCCGUUUCCCAGACAAUACAAGCAGCGACUGGGAAGUGAGCCCAGACCAUACUGGCCGAUUUCUUUACGAUGCUGUUCGAUAUGUUAUGGCCCAUAACAGUCAACCCUUCCAUCUUGUCCUUCCUGGAACUAAGAUCAUGAUCAAAGAUGAUCAUAGCCCAAGCAACGGACUGAUCAAGGCCUACAAACUGUCCGGACGUACUCUUGUCAACUUGGUUUGGGACGAUGCCGUACCAUCAACCGUACGGAAGGAACCUUUUCUGAAAGUCAAUUUUGCUCAGAAGGGCCAGGAAGUCAAGGUACCUGAGCCCAUUGUUUCGAAUGAGAAGGAGGAGGAGGUAUCUGUUGCUCGACCAGCACAAGCAGAGAGGGGUGAGGGAUCGGGGGAUAAAAGUGGGAAGAAGAUACCCAAAUGGUUGAAGCUGGGCAAGAAAUAG